AUGGCGAGAACUCUAGUUUCAACUGUGGGUCUUCUGGUUGUACCCAUGUUAUUUUCAUGUGCAGGAUGUUGGAAGGGACCCUGGUUUUGUCAUGGGUGGGAAUGUCCCACGUUUACUCUCGUAAAUGAAUAUGAGGGAUUUGAGGAGCGCUACUAUGACACCAGCUAUUGGAUUACCACUGAUACUGUGAGCACCAGUGAAGAUGAUGUAAGCACCGGAUUUUGGAAACUGUAUAACUUCAAUCAAUGGGAAAACAAAGAAAAGAAGUUGAUUGAGAUGACUCGGCCUGUGGUGAUGUCGCUGAUGGAAGCUGGUGGUAUGGGAGAGAGACAGGCGUCCGUUUCAUUCUAUCAGACUACCCCUGAUAUCCCUGAGCCCAAUGACAAGACUAUCAGAGUAAAAGUAGUGCCAGGCUGCACUGUCUAUGUCAGGUCAUUUGGGGGGGUGCCAAAAUAUGAUGUCGUCAUGAGGGAGGUUAAGAGUCUUAAGGAGAAAGUCAAGGCUGCUGGAAAGCAGUUUAUUGGAAACAGGUUUGAUGCAGCUGGUUAUGAUCCACCAUGGGUGUUUGUCAACAGACAUAAUGAAGUUUGGCUGCAUGCACUUUAA